CUCUCUGCGGUUACCUUCCUCCUCCAUAUCCGACACGCUUCCUUCUUCACUUGUAUACUUCUGCAAACCCUCUCGCCGUCAAAACUGUCGUCGUUGUCGUCUCCUUUUGAUCAUGCGAAGCACUGCUGCCGUCGUCAAUGAAUCCCCCGCCGCCGAGACCUGUGGCGGCGGUCCUGGUGAGAUCAUGCUGUUUGGUGUUAGAGUAGUGGUGGAUUCGAUGAGGAAGAGCGUGAGUUUGAACAAUCUGUCGCAGUACGAGCAACCUCAUGAAGCCGCCGAUGUAAUCACUAACGACAGUAAGAACGACCUUGUUUCCGUUAAUAACAAAGAUGAUGUUGCUGCUGGUUAUGCCUCUGCGGAUGAUGCUGUUCCCAACGCCCGGGGGAACCGCGAGCGUGAGCGCAAGCGAGGCGUGCCUUGGACUGAGGAAGAGCACAAGCUAUUUUUGGUUGGACUGCAACAAGUAGGGAAGGGGGAUUGGAGAGGAAUUUCUAGGAACUUUGUGAAGACUCGCACCCCAACUCAGGUCGCUAGCCACGCUCAGAAAUACUUUCUUCGCCGGAGCAAUCUAAAUCGCCGUCGCCGUAGAUCUAGUCUUUUCGAUAUCACGACGGACACGGUCACGGCUGCUCCAAUGGUUGAAGAGCCAACGAAGCGUCAAGAAAUUGCCUCUCAAUCCCAUUCCUUUAUUCCAUCACCCCCACCUGAAAUUUCUAAGCACAAUGUAAUUCCAGUCGAGCAAACUUUGCCAUUUUCGUUUGGGCCAGCACCAUUAGCCACCACUCUAACCAAGAAUCUGAUGGAAAAGUGUGGUCCUGGAGAAGUGAACACAGAAAGUGAUGGAUCACUGAAGCUCGGCCUCAAGGAUUCCAUCUUUCCCUCUAAUCAGAAUCCAACCUCAACUGGUUUGAACUUGAAUUCAAACUCAGCAAUGGAGUCAUCAGCUUUGUCUCUUCGCCUUUCCUUAACAUCUGACCAGAGAGAGGCUUCAUCAAGACACUCAACUUUCCAGGCCAUGCCAAGUUUCAAUAAUGGUGAGGGCAUCAUAAGUGCAGCCUAAUGAUUUACAGACCGGGGAGAAGUUAUUGACAAUUAGAGGGAACGUGGCUAUAGACGACAGAAGUUAUUAGGUGACUGAAUCUGAUCCUAUCCAGUGCAGACCCGGAAAAAGGGGGUUGCUCCAUGUUUUUGAUGGCAUCUAUGUUAUCUAGAUUCUUGAUGAUUUGCUGUUCUUGUCGGUAGCUGAUACUGACUGAAUAAUGACACUGUUCUCUGUUAGAAAUGACUGUAUUUUGGUGGGUCUGGUCUCUUGUGGGUAUGCUUGUAGUUUGAAGGAUGGAAUAUCCAAGUUGGAUAAAAUGGGUGGUUGCGAUACUGUGAAAGAAGCGGGGGAGGAGGCAAAAUUCCCCUGUUUCUGUAUCUUCCAUUAAUUUUUUUUUUGUCAACGUUUGAAAGGAAUCUCUAAGAUCUCCACAUCCACAGUGAUGGGUCAUUAUGGGUGUUGUGUGUCUGAGGCCGUGUAUUUGUAUAUGUGGUAUGGGUUCUCUUCGUCUUAUCGUCCACAGCCUUCAUUGGAUGUAAAAACUCAUGUAAUACACUCGGAGUUUUUCAUUUCCA